GAAAGUUGUGAGAGCAGCAGGAGGAAGUGGGGAGAGAGGGGCUGGGGCUGUGCUGGCGGCCGGGGACCGGGAGGUCUCAGGUGGCCCCUGGGAAGCAUCUGUGGCUGGAAGGGAGCCGAGCGCCUGCAUGAACGGAGGGACCUGCUCGGACGGUCGCUCCUACCUGAGCCCGGGACUCCAGCUGCAGGUCCCGCAGCCCUGCCUCUGCGUGGUGACUCCGGUGACCGCGUCUGCGCCCAGCCAUGAGGAUCCGGAUGGCCGCGAGGUGGACCUGGGCAGGCAAAAGCUGCCUGCUGCUGGCGCUUUUAACAGUGGCCUAUAUCCUGGUGGAGCUCUCGGUCUCCACUUUCCAUGCCUCCCCAGGAGCCGGCCUUGCCAGGGAUCGGGCACCAAGACAGCUCUCGGACCCCGGGGAAAAGGCAGAGGAUUUGUCUCGGCCGCUGUAUGAGAAGCCCCCUGCGGAUGCCCAUGCGCUUGGGGAGUGGGGGAAAGCCAGCAAGCUCCAGCUCAACGAGGGCGAACUGAAGCAGCAAGAAGAGCUCAUUGAGAGAUAUGCCAUUAAUAUUUACCUCAGUGACAGGAUUUCCCUGCACCGCCACAUUGAGGAUAAAAGAAUGUAUGAGUGUAAAUCCCAGACGUUCAACUAUAGGAGACUUCCCACCACUUCUGUUAUUAUCGCUUUCUACAAUGAAGCCUGGUCGACGUUGCUCCGCACCAUCCACAGUGUCCUAGAAACUUCUCCUGCCGUCCUUUUGAAGGAGAUCAUCUUAGUCGAUGACUUGAGUGACAGACUUUAUUUGAAGACGCAACUUGAAACUUAUAUCAGCAAUCUUGACAGAGUCCGCUUGAUUAGAACAAAUAAGCGAGAGGGGCUGGUUAGGGCCCGCCUGAUUGGGGCCACUUUUGCCACUGGGGAUGUCCUCACUUUCCUGGAUUGUCACUGUGAGUGUAAUUCUGGUUGGUUGGAACCACUGUUGGAAAGGAUUGGGAAAGAUGAAACAGCAAUUGUGUGUCCUGUUAUAGACACCAUUGAUUGGAAUACUUUUGAAUUCUAUAUGCAGACUGGGGAGCCCAUGAUUGGUGGGUUUGACUGGCGUUUAACGUUCCAGUGGCAUUCUGUCCCCAAACACGAAAGGGACAGGCGGAAAUCGAGAAUUGACCCAAUCAGAUCGCCCACCAUGGCUGGAGGACUGUUUGCUGUCAGCAAGAAAUAUUUCCAGUACCUUGGAACAUAUGACACUGGGAUGGAAGUGUGGGGAGGUGAAAACCUCGAGCUGUCGUUUAGGGUGUGGCAGUGUGGAGGUAAAUUGGAGAUCCACCCGUGUUCCCACGUGGGCCAUGUAUUCCCCAAGCGGGCACCGUAUGCUCGGCCCAAUUUCCUGCAGAAUACUGCUCGGGCAGCAGAAGUGUGGAUGGACGACUACAAAGAGCAUUUCUACAAUCGGAACCCUCCAGCAAGGAAGGAAACUUACGGUGAUAUUUCUGAAAGGAAAUUGCUACGAGAACGGCUGAAGUGCAAGAGCUUUGACUGGUAUUUAAAAAAUGUGUUUUCUAAUUUACACGUUCCAGAGGAUAGGCCAGGCUGGCACGGAGCUAUUCGCAGUAUGGGGAUCUCUUCUGAAUGUUUGGAUUAUAAUUCUCCCGACAACAACCCUACAGGUGCUAACCUCUCGCUGUUUGGAUGCCAUGGUCAAGGCGGCAAUCAGUUCUUUGAAUAUACUUCAAACAAAGAAAUAAGGUUUAAUUCUGUGACAGAGUUAUGUGCGGAGGUUCCUGAGCAAAAAAAUCAUGUAGGAAUGCAAAAUUGUCCAAAAGAUGGGUUCCCUAUUCCAGCCAACAUUAUUUGGCAUUUUAAAGAAGACGGAACCAUUUUUCAUCCACACUCAGGACUGUGUCUUAGUGCUUAUCGGACACCUGAGGGCCGACCUAACGUUCAAAUGAGAACAUGUGAUGCUCUAGAUAAAAAUCAAAUCUGGAAGUUUGAGAAAUAGAAGAGUACAACAGUACUUUUGUCCUGAGCUGACAAUAGCUUCAGGAAAGUCGGAGCCUUCAGAGAGCCUCAGGGAAGAUUGUAUUUUAUCAGAAAUCACCCACAGGUCAUCUGUGAGAGCUCUGUAAAAGCUGUGGUUCGUUUGGGUAUGGAAUACUGAAACUGGGUGCCCAGAGAGAGUUGCUGUUUAAUAUUUCAAAGCGCCUUACUUAUGGGUUGUUUUAUUUAAGAGCCUUGUCGAUAUGGUUUCUUACUUCUCCUUAACGAAGUUGACUGUGAAUAGAAAUACACAAAACAUUUACGUGCCAGCCUUAAUAUUAAAGAAUGUAAAAAUCCAAGCAAAAUGUGGGAUGAUUUAUGUUGAUGGGUAAGUUAACUGCACGUCCCAUUU